AAUAGUGGACAGUGGUUGUUACUUGUUAUCACGGUUGUAAUCACGGACUAAGAUAUUCAACUCAUCUUAGUUCGUGCCUCGUGGUAAUAAUUUGUAGAUGCCCGUGAUUAGUGCACACUGAAAUCGUAGACAUUCUAAUUCAUUAUAAGCCCAAUUUGUGAGUGUUGUAUCCUCAAGAGUUUUAAAGAACUAUUUUAAUCAUAAUUUCACUAUAUUUUACACGAAGAAUCGUCAGUACAAUUUAAUAAAUAAAUAUAAAUUGUAAAUUAUCCACGGCCUUGAUGAUUUUCCAUCAUUUCAUUAUAAUCGCAGUGUAGAGAUGAACCCUUAGGCUUAUAUCACUUUAGUGUAAGACUGUCACAAUUCACAGUUAACAUUUCAAUGGAAGUCCUCGAAGAAAAUCGUAAAAUUCUGUUACGUACCAAUGAUCGUUUGACUAGUAUAAAAUCUAUUGCUGUAGAAACUGAAGAAAUUGGUUCUGCGAUUGUUCAAGAAUUAGGUGAACAAAGACAGACUCUCCAUGGUACCCGUAAUCGAUUGGAGGACAUUGACAGUUCCAGAAUAUCUUCACACCGUUAUGUCUCUGCUAUUAAUAGACAUGUUUUCCAAGAUAAACUUAUGCUUGUACUCAUUAUUAUAAUUGAGGCUUGUACUUUAGUAGGACUUGUCUAUAUAAAAUUUAUAAAAAAUUAAUUUUUGUCUAGGUAAUGGAUUAUAUGUUACACCUUACACUGCUAUAAAAUGAUACUUUUUUAAACGUAUUUUAAAUAUUAUUUCUAUAUUUUUAUUAAAAUUUUUCAUUUUUAACAUAUUUAUUUAUUACAUUUAAUGAUGUGUAUGAUCAUUACAAACUACAACUAAACAUUGCUUAGUCUAAAACAAUAUUUUAUAUUUAAAAAUGAAAUAUAAACAUUCACUUGGUUAAAAUGUACAGGAA